UAUUCCAGAUUGACAGACUGCCCCCCACUCUCCUAUUUAUUUCCUCUCUGAAGAAGAAGAAGAACGACAAGAAGAAGAAGAAGAAGAAGAAGAAGAAGAAGAAGAAGAAGAAGAAGAAGAAGAAGAUGAUGAUGAAGGGCGUGGAGGAUUUGAAGCCGUUGAUUGCGAUGGUGGCCGUAGAUUUGGGUUUCGCCAUAGUGAAUAUUCUGCUGGAGACAGUUCUCGAUCAUGGAAUGAACCAUUUGGUUCUCAUCACUUAUCGCCUCGCCAUCGCUGCCAUUUCCUUGGCCCCCAUCGCCUACUUUUAUGAAAGGGAUGGCCGAAAUAAACUCUCCUUCCGCAUCCUCUGUUACUUGUUCUUCAGCGCCAUUGUUGGGGCUUCGCUGACCCAAUACUGCUUUCUUCUAGGCAUCCAACACACGUCGGCUACUUUCGCCUGUGCAUUUAUCAACAUAGUCCCUGUCGCCACUUUUCUUCUGGCUCUUCCAUUUGGGCUGGAGACGUUGAAUUUGAAAUGCAGCAGUGGGAAAGCGAAGAUGGUGGGGACGGUGGUGUGCAUCUCCGGCGCGGUGCUGCUGACGGCGUACAAAGGGCCGGCUCUGGCGAACGGUUCGUACGCGGAGAAGAAAGUCGCCGCCGCAGCCGCAGCCCACGGCGGAGCGAAGAAGCCGAGGGCGGAGAGCUGGACGGUGGGGUGCAUAGCGCUUGUGGCCGGAACUCUGCUGUGGUCGUCGUGGUUUCCCCUGCAGUCGAACAUCGGGAAGAGAUAUCCGUACCAGUACUGGAGCACCGCCAUCAUGUCGUUCUUCGGCGCCGCCCAGUCGGCGGUGCUGAGCCUCGCCACCGGCGCCACGCUCUCGUCUUGGGCCCUCGAUGGCAACAUUAAAAUCCUCACCGUUGUCUACUCUGGGAUGAUCGGAUCGGGGCUGUGCGUGGUGGGAAUGUCAUGGUGCGUUAAAAAGAGAGGUCCAGUUUUCACGGCGGCGUUCAGCCCACUGGUUCAGAUAAUGGCUGGCAUGUUCGACAUCCCCAUUCUCCACGACCCACUCUAUCUCGGAAACUUGUUGGGGUCGGUGAUUGUGAUAGUUGGACUCUAUAUUCUGCUGUGGGGGAAGAACAAGGAAAUGAAGAAUUGUGCUUCAAAGGUGGUGGUGAUGGAGGGAAUUGUAACUGCAACUGCUCAAGAUCAACAAGAUCAUCAAACGAAGGAAUUACAAGAGAUGAAAGAAUUACAAGAUCAUCCCUAGGAGGAAAAAAAAUAUGCCUACAGAGAUGGAGGUUGGGUUUUGUCUUUCAAACAGUGUCAACUUAGAAGAACAAGAAAAAAGAUGAAGGAAAAAAGUUCAAACAAAGAAAGAAGUAGGUUUUUUAACGUUCAGUUUCUUCAGACAAGCUCCCGUGUCAAAAGAAAUACUAAACAUUGUAAUAUUAACUACUUAGGGCACGUUUUGUUUAGUGGUAAUCUAAGAUAUCUAUUUUAUAUGGAUAUUUAGAUUAUCAUGUUUGUAUCGUGUUAAUCUUAGAAUAGUCAAGCAUCGAUAGAUGUUGAGUAUCUUAGAAAGUCCCAUUUUAAGCUAUUUUAAUUUUUGUCUAAAAAGAGAUAGACUUUUUUAGGGUA